ACGAGUUCAAGUGCGCGAGCGACUGGCAACUGCAUUCGAGCGGCUCGUCUAUGCGACGGAACCGAAGACUGCAACGACGGCUCCGACGAAAGGGACUGCCUGAAGAAUACUCGCACGUGUUCAGUGACAGAGUUUAGGUGCCGAAACGGCCAGUGCAUCGCGGGCUGGCGGCGUUGCGACGGUGAGCCCGACUGCGACGACAUGUCGGACGAAGGGAGGGUGACGUGCGGGGAGGGCGAGACGUGCCAUCCAGACCAGUUCGCGUGCAAGAACCGCACCGGCGCUUGCAUUCCCUCCGAAUGGCGAUGUGACCGGGUUCGCGACUGUGCCGACGGCUCCGACGAAGAAGGCUGCCCGAGCGCGACCUGUUCGGUGGCACCGGAGUUCGCCUGCGGGAACGGUCGAUGCGUGCUGAAGAGCUGGAGGUGCGACGGUGACGACGACUGCGGUGACGGGUCGGACGAAGAGAACUGUCGCCGAGACACGUGCUCGGCGUCGAAGUUCGCGUGCACAAGCGGCGAAUGCGUACCGAAUCGCCUACGCUGCGACGGUCGGCGCGAUUGCCGCGACGGGUCUGACGAAGAUUCCAGCGCCUGCCGCGCUAGGUUGUGCCAGGACGGGGAAUUUGCAUGUGGGCCUUCGGCUACCACCUGCGUUCCCGAGAAGUCUCGGUGCGACGGUCAUGACGACUGCCCUGAUGGAUCAGACGAAAAGGAGUGCGGAAGCACGGACUGCGUCAGGUACGACGUCCUGUGUGGACGCCGGCCACUGCGUCAGAAUCUGGUCUCGCUGCGACGCUCAGAACGGUUCGUGAAAGUCCGGUCAUGGAGUCUGCAGGCAAGACCCGCUGAGACUCUUUUGAAAGGUGCUCUGCUUUCCUGAACUCCGACUGUGAUAAUGGCGUGAACUGUACCGUACUCUUCUGGGGGCAUUGCUGCUGCUAUGAUCAAGGACCAGGAGUGAGCACGAAAAUGUCAUCAUUUACGACUAGAGACUCAAUCGCGAGCAACAUCGGGGUCGCCAAAGGCCCUCGUCAAUGUUCGGAACCGACAUUGCACCCUUGAAAUGUGUCCGACAUUCGUAUAUACGGGAGCAUGCGUGCAAUAUUAGCAGUGACGUUGACAAUUGCCAGGCCAGUAGCCAGUGAAACUGUGCUUCUAAUAUGUUGCCUGACAUAUCUUGUAGAACACCGUCGAUCUGUUCAACGCACGUUCAGCGUUCUCAUGCAAGCACAACAGGGACGUUAUAUCGAUGAAAAAGAGAAGGGGCAGAGAAUUAUCCAGUAACUCUUAGACAAGUGAAGAAAAGCAUAUAAACAAACGCUUUGGAUGCACUACUUUUUGUUUUCUACUUAUCUUGUUCUCCAAAACGUCCAUUCAUUUCCCCCACACCAAUUCUCUCUCUCCAUCAGGUGUGUUCCAGCUACGACUGGCCUUCGGUGAUGUUACUUCUUGCUAUUCACGAUAAUGUUACACUAUUCAGUGUUACAAAGUGCCAAAUAAAUGUUGCUUCUCAUCCUA